UAAUAGAGGUUUGCCCUGUUUUUUCUCGCUAGUGUUGAAGAGAAACCCAAUGGCUGCAUUAUUAAGCUGUUGUCUUGUAAGCUGGAGGGUGCUCCGUCUGGUUCAGCAAAAUGACAAAUUUGAUGGAAUGCAUAAUGCAGCUUCUAUGGUGAACCAAAUAUCAUGUGAUAUGAUCCGGAGCAACUCAGCAAUUCAAGAACUAACUUCGGAAGCAGUCACUGAGCUUGUAAAAGACUAUCAAGCCAGAGCUUCUGGUAAUAUCAAGGCAGCCUCUCGGAACUGGCCAAAUUUGAGACCAUGGAGGACAAGAUUUGGUCAGAAAUCUGUCUACUCUAGUUACAGCCCUAAAUGUCUAGCUUAUUCAUUCAGGAAGGAGAAGAUCAUUUAAAAUGAAAAAUCUAAGCUCUCAGGCUUCAGCUGAAGCCAUUGCAACUACCCCACCCAUGUCUCUUACUCCGAAUGCACUGACUUCUGUUUAAUCACAAUCUAGUCCUGUAGGUAUUAACUUUCUUGCUCGAAAUUUCAGAAAUUUCUAUUGAUUGUGUAUGUGAGUAAAUUUCUGACAUUUAA